AUGCACUGCGGCGUCGAGCACUGUAGCUUUUCCUUGUUCGCUGGCAUGGGUUGGCUUUCCAUCUACCGGAAAGGCAGAUCACUAUCGAUCCAUCUGGCAGAAAUGUGCUGUACCAGUGCAAGUCUGUCUGGGAACGAUAGAUAUCGCGUUGUGAUUGGCGAACUGGCCCAACCAAUCAGAAGCCGCAUAAGCGAUCCAUCCCAAUUCGGCUAA